AUGGAAACUCUCAGUUUUGGACCCGAUAAACAUGAGGAUAUUGUCACAAGGACCUUAGCUGUGAUGCAACAAAAGGGAGUCAGCGAAAAGCUACUCAGUGGUCUCAUCCAAGAUAAAGGCUUUAAUAAAUUCUGCACUGAAUGGCUAGCCCAAAGGUGGGAUAUAUGAAUAUAGAAAGGAACCAUUGAUCGACUGACCAAAUUUUAGCCUUAAAGAACCAAGUUAAAUCUCAAAAAGUAAUGAUAUCAAAAAUUAUGCUCCAAGGUUUAAAGGUCCAAGAAGCAGAGGUCAAUGAAGCAUUUAAUAGCCUUCAUUCCUCAUUAGUUUGUUUAAAAUAAAGUAACGAUUGAAGGGUUUUUACAUUAUGAUAAAUUACCCACAGAUUUAUUUCUUGAUUUGAAUGAACCUGAAGGCUAUUUAUUAUGUAAAGCUUUAAAUACUCAAAGACUCCCAGAUUGCAACUCUAUGAAUAUUGCUUUCAACAAAUAAACCUUGGGUUAACAAGAAAUUUAUAAAAGAUAUUUUUCCUCCAAAAAUUAAUGAGCUUUGGCUUGAAAAUUAUAAUUUCAGACCAGAAGACGCAAGAAAGAUGACUUUAAAUAAAUAUUUCUCAGAACUUAUCAAGGUAUUCCCAAUAGUGCAAAACCAUGUGAAUCUAUAUAAGUUUGAAAUCUCUCAAAGCCAAUUUCGAAAAAUAUUUUCUUCCUGAAGAGAUAAACCUGAACUUGAGUUUAAUUCUUGUAAGAUCCACAUAGAAACUCCUCUGGAUCUAUCGAAACCUCUCUCAGGAUGAAAAAUUACAAAACUGAACUUUAACUCAUGUGGAAGGCCUCAGUUCAGCAAUUGGGGAGAAAAUCUCCAAGAAUUUGAGCACUUGAUCCAAGCCCUUUCACAUUCAGUAGACCUAAAGAGAUCUAUGAGUGUACUUAUCUUCCUAUGUUCAUGUGUUCCUGCAGAAGAUUUUGAAAGAAUAUUCAUUAAGCAUGAUAUGAACUUGGAUUUAGUUCCAGCCAUUUAUAGAUAA